AUACAAAUCUGAUCAAGAAAGAGCAACAAAUCAUUUGGGGGGAAAUGGCGGCAACCGUCGUAUCGAAAGAGAUGCCUCCGGAAACCGUCGCAAAGGUCACUGGAUUCUUCAUGAGCGUCGGCGGUGGCUCCGUAGUUCCAGAGAAGUAUGAAGGCGAGCGAGUCCACCCCGAUUUGAUCCGAAGCCUGCUUAAAGUUCAACACAUCCAUCGUGGCCGGCUAACCUGCAUCCUCACCGUCAAACCAUACGUUUGCAACGCUUACAACACUUUACAUGGAGGAGCAGUUGGAUCAAUAGCAGAGAUUGUGGCCAUAGCUUGUGCUAGAACUGUUGUACACAAAGAUAAAGAGCUUUUUCUUGGUGAAUUGAGCGUCUCUUAUCUAGCUGCUGCUGUGAACCAAGCAGAAGUGAUGAUUGAUGCGUCUGUGGUGAGGAGUGGAAGGAAUUUGACAGUAGUUGCUAUAGAGUUCAAGCUAAAGGAUAAGGAAAUAUUGACUUACUUGUGUCGUGCUACCUUCUAUAACAUGCCUGUUGCAAACCUAUGAGGAAUAUUAAUAUAUUAUACAAAUAUUACAGAUUAAUUGUAAUAUAUAUCUCAAUUAUGUGCUUUA